UGGGGGUUGAAUUUGAUGUUACAAGAUUCCGAAAGGUCAUGGGAUUGGCGGUUCUGGGGAAGGGCUGGGGGCUCGGCUCCCUCCUGGCUCCACCCUUUGCAGGGGUUAUAAAUAGAUGCCUGGUGUGCUCUCUAACGUGAGCCCGAGGCUGAGAUGUAGAGUGGUACUGAUCACCUGAUCGAAAACUUGCUGCUAGAGAAGGACAUUUUGAAGGUUUUUUGGAUACAAGAGGUGUCUCUGGAAUCCCGUUCCUAGAUCUUUCUUGAAGAUUCGAAAAAAAAUUAGGGCCAUGGGGACACAGAAGGUCACCGCACCUCUGGUCUUUGCCAUCACCAUUGCUGCUAUAGGCUCUUUCCAGUUUGGCUACAAUGCUGGAGUCAUCAAUGCCCCUGAGGUGAUCAUAAAGGACUUUAUCAAUUACACUUUGGAAGAGAGGUUAGAAAAGCUUCCCACUGAGGUGUUACUAACGUCCCUCUGGUCCUUGUCUGUGGCCAUCUUCUCCGUUGGUGGUAUGAUUGGAUCCUCUUCCGUUGGACUCUUUGUCAACCGCUUUGGCAGGCGCAAUUCAAUGCUUAUUGUCAAUCUAGUGGCUAUCAUUGGUGGCUGCCUUUUGGGAUUCUGCAAAUUAGCGGAGUCAGUUGCAAUGCUGAUCCUGGGCCGGUUGGUUAUUGGCGUCUUCUGCGGACUCUGCACAGGUUUUGUGCCCAUGUACAUUGGAGAAGUCUCUCCUACUGCCCUGCGGGGAGCCUUUGGCACUCUCCACCAGCUGGGCAUCGUCAUCGGGAUUCUGGUGGCCCAGAUAUUUGGUCUGAAAUACAUUUUGGGAACUGAAGAUCUGUGGCCCUUGCUGUUGGGCUUCACCAUCCUUCCAGCUCUCCUACAAAGCGCAGCCCUUCCAUUUUGCCCAGAAAGUCCUAGAUUCUUGCUGAUUAACAGAAAGGAAGAGGACAGUGCUAAGAGGAUCCUCCAGCAGUUGUGGGGCACUGAAGAUGUGACUCAGGACAUCCAGGAGAUGAAAGAUGAGAGUGCUAGGAUGGCACAAGAAAAGCGAGCCACUGUGCUGGAGCUCUUUAGAUCACCCAACUACCAGCAGCCCAUCUUGAUUUCCAUCAUGCUCCAGCUCUCUCAGCAGCUCUCUGGAAUCAACGCUGUGUUCUUUUACUCAACAGGAAUCUUCAAAGAUGCUGGUGUUGAGGAGCCGAUCUAUGCCACCAUUGGUGCUGGUGUAGUUAAUACCAUCUUCACCGUAGUGUCUCUGUUUCUGGUAGAAAGGGCUGGAAGGAGGACUCUACAUAUGAUUGGCCUUGGAGGGAUGGCUUGCUGUUCCAUCCUCAUGACUAUUUCCUUGUUAUUAAAGGAUGAGUACAACUGGAUGAGCUAUGUUUGCAUUGUGGCUAUCUUGGUGUUCGUGGCCUUCUUUGAAAUUGGCCCAGGCCCCAUUCCCUGGUUUAUUGUGGCCGAACUCUUCAGCCAGGGACCCCGCCCAGCUGCAAUGGCAGUGGCUGGUUGUUCCAACUGGACUGCCACCUUUUUGGUUGGACUGCUCUUCCCUUCAGCUGCAUUCUAUUUAGGAGCCUACGUAUUUAUUAUCUUCACUAUCUUCCUCGCGAUCUUCUUGGUCUUCACCUUCUUUAAAGUUCCUGAGACCCGAGGCAGGACUUUUGAGGAAAUUGCACGAGUCUUUGAAGGUCAGGCACAGGCGGUGAGCAGAGCUAACAAAGGCCCCGUUAUGGAGAUGAACAGCAUUCAGCCUGAUAAGGAGGCCACCACCAAUGUCUAAGCCAUGCUUCCUUCCCACCUCCCUCCCAACAUGAAAAAGCAACCUCUCCCUGAAUGGGGAGAGACCUCAUCAGGUUGUAACCCAGGACUGUUUUCUGAAUGCUGCUACUUGACUCUUUUCUCAUCCCCACACUCCAUGAGCACUCAGAGGACCCCAAUGCUGGGGUUAGUUGUAUCUUCAAUGGCUUUUUAAGCAUUUCAUUUUUUGGACAUUCUCUUCUGUUUAGGAGAGACCAAGUGAACCUACCUUCAUUUCAGGAGGGAUUGGCUACUUGGCAUUUAACAACUUUGCCAGCUCUUCCUCCCUUAACUGCUUCAUGAGGGCAUGUGUGGAAGGAAGUGUUCCCCCAGCCUCAGACUCACUCACCAGGAAACAGAUAUACAUGAGUGUGGAGGGCAGAGAGGAAUUAAUUACAUAAGAGCACCUUCCUCACUUCCAUACAGCUCUGCAGAGCAAAUUAAUUUGAGUUUUAUUUAUUUUAUCUUCUGGUUUUAUUGCAUAAAUAUUUAUUUUUAUAAGUGUAAUUUUACCAAAUGAUGAAAACGCAAGGAAAUUGAGGUUAGAGGGAGGUACUUAAAGAGUUUAAGGUGGAAGCUUUUAUACUGGAGAGGUUUAUAGUUUAAUAAGGGAAGAAUUUUGGCAGAAAUGUAAUGCAUUAUUGGAGGAUAUAUGAUGUGUGUGAAGUUUGCAGGUCGCCUCUCAAUUUCUGUCCUUCAGAUGGAAAUUCUCAAGUACAGUUUCUCAGAAAAGUCAUGUGCCUGUAUAAAGAAGCUACUGGUUUCCUUUGGAACUGUUUUUUUUUUGUUUGUUUGUUUAAGGUUAUAUGUAGUAUUACUUGAAAUCUAGGAUUAUUACUAAAGUGGGCAUUGUAGUUAAUGGUGGUUGAUGGGUUCUGAUUUUGGAUGGAGUCCAGAGAAGGGAAGGUUGUUUGUAGAAAUUAAUCCUCCUUUGCCCUCACUGAACCAAAACAACUUCUCUUAUAGUGGACUCCUUUUUUAUUUUAUUUUAUUUUUUUAAGUACUCCUACCACUUAUCUUGUGUGAGAGCAAGCAAAAAUAUUGGUUCUUGGUAAAGGUUUGAUUUUUUCUUUCUCCAUUUUGUUCUAUAGGGUAUUUUAGAUGUUUAGAUUUAAAAUGUUUUGUUUUAGGCUCUAGCUUUAAAAAAAUUCAGAGGAGAGUGUUCAUAGCUAACUUGGAAUUUGUAACCUCAGUACCAGGAGAGGAUUCAUCCUGAUCGACUGUUACCUAGUUGAAGUAUGUUAAUGCUUUAGGGUCAGCCCAUGCCUGUUUUUGUCUGUUUCCAUGUCAAGUUACUCUUGUUAUCAUGUUACCAUAGUAUUAUGUCAAGUGCCUUAAAGGCACUUGAAUCUUUCCCUUAGACCACAUUUGAGGUAGUAUGAGUAAAUGUGCAGUGUAGCCCACACUUGAGAGAGUAUGAAUGUAUAUGCACUGUCACUUUGCUCUGGGUGGAAGUAGUUUAUUGGGAACUUGUUUCCUCUUUGUUCCUAUAGCCCCUUUUGGAUGGAAUGUGUUACAACUCAUCCCUCUGUAUAUAAGUAACACUGCCUCUCUGGGUGGGAUUUGCAUCUGUGGCUUUCUUCCUAACAUGUAAAGGACUCUGCUUCACUCCAGACUCAGACAAUGGGAGUAGGAGAGUGUGAAAUCAGGACAUGUGGCCUCCUAGGGGAGCUAGAGGAAAGUCAAAGUGUUAGAUAAGAUGGAGGUAUUUGCACUUGCCAUAAGUCACGGACACCUCCACUCUCUAGUUUCUCAGUAUUUUUAUAAAUGAAGAUAGGACCCUGGUGGCACCCUCUCUCCCCUUUUUCAUAUGUUGCUUGAGCUCCCUUUCUCUCCUUGGUGCUUAUACAUUUGAGGCCCUUUAGCCAAAUCCUUGCCCAUGACAAUAUUUUAGUUCUCAGUUCUUACCAUGCCCUCUGGUCAUUGAGCCUUUGGGUAGAAACUCACAGAACUAUGGCAUGAGGCUUUGCUGGGUCAGGUGACUUUCCUCCAACUGCACCUCCACUUUUGACUCCUCAAAAACUGUGGGUUGGCAGUAACACAGUGUGGAAGUUUUCCCAUUUCUCAGUGACCAGAUUGUAAUAUUUCAAAAUAAGUUUUAUAUUAUUAAUGUUACUGUGGUUCUUUGUUUUGAAAUAAAAAUUCUGA